CUUUAACUGCAUUACCCCACCUCAUCACCACCACCACCACCACCACUAUGGAUAGCCCCUACGCCCAGGAAAUCAAAACGGCCAUCAUCGCCAUCCAAUCCGCCGCCCAACUGUCCCAAGGCAUUCUCACCUCCAGCGACAAAGGCACAAUCUCCAAAGAUGACCUAAGUCCCGUGACCGUAGCCGACUUCGCCAUUCAAGCCCUGCUCACUUCUACCUUACACGCUGCCUUCCCCAACGAUGGCUUCGUAGGUGAAGAAUCCGCCGAUGAACUGCGCAGUAAUGAAGUCCUGAGGACACGGGUGUGGGAAUUACUCCAAACACUUACCCUGCGUCCGCAGAAUCAGGCUGUGGAUGUGGACCAGCCAAAAUGCAUCCUACCCACCACACCCGAAGAAAUGUGCGACCUAAUCGACCUCUGCGGCACGGGCGUCCCCGGUGGUCUGGACGCAGGGAGGAAAUGGGUAUUCGACCCCAUUGACGGAACCAAAACCUUCGUCCGUGGCGAGAUGUACGCGAUUAACGUUGCCUUGCUGUCGGGAGGUCAGCAAGUUCUCUCCAUAGUCGGAUGUCCUACUCUGUCCAUUGAAGCCACUGCGCCGGUGCGGAAUGAUACGCUUGAUCCCAAGGGGGAGGGGUGUAUUGUAUUCGCUGCAAGGGGGCAUGGGACAUGGGUGCGGGUUUUGAAGAAGAAGGGUGGGGCGGAUGACCAUGAGCCGAAGAGGGUACCGGCGCAUGCCCUCACGGCAAGUAAGUCGGAUCUACGCUCAGUGUCGUGCGUGCACCUCCUCGAAUCCGGUAUAGACACCGCCCACGAAGAAGUCGCCGCGCGACUUGGCGUCUCUUUCCCGGGCUGCGAUCUACUGGGCUGGGUACCGCGGUGGGUGGUGCUCGCGCUGGGACUGGCCAAUAUGACGACGUGGGUGUACAAGACGCGGGCGCGGCACGGCAAGGUGUGGGAUCACGCCGGGGCGAUGCUGUUGUUUGAGGAGGUUGGGGGAAAGAUCACGGAUGUGGAUGGGAGGGGUAUCGAUUUGAGCGUCGGCAGGAAGAUGACUAGUAACUAUGGGUUUGUGGCGGCGCCGAGGGCGUUGCAUGCGGAUGUUUUGAAGACGGUGCAUGAGGUGUUGAGGGAGCAGGGGAAGGGAGAUUUGCUGGCUUGAGGAAAAUAGCCAGGUAUAUUGACCGCGAUGGCUUGUCGAUGAUGCAGCGCUGAUAUCUUCAUAUCUACCUCCUGUGGGUCUCCAGCCUGCUAUCUUCACUCUCUGUGAUUAGACUUUGGAGGGACCGAUAGCGGGUUAGUCUACGAAG